AUGUCAGAUCCUAGGUUCGCCAGAAUCAAAUCUGAUCCUCGCUUUCGUAGACCCAAAAAACAUCAGGCAAAAGUCAUAGUUGAUGAACGUUUCAAAGGCGUCUUCGAGAAGGGGAAGGAGAAAAAGGGCAAAUCAGUCCGCGUUGACAAGUACGGACGGCCGAUUUCCGCCACGAAUGACCAAGACAAUUUGAGGAAAUUCUACCGUAUAGAGGAGGACGCUACCGAGGUCACCACUAAGCCAGAUCUGGCUCGAGGAGAGGUCCUACUUGAAUCUUCGGACGAGGACGAUGAUGCAGAGGAUGAAAGCGACAAUGAUAGUGAUCCUGGAGGGAUUAUUACUAUUGGGGGCGACCGCGCGCGGCCUAUCACAAUCCCUCGCGACGAUGAAGAGGCUGAAAUUGACUUGGAUGAAGAUACCUUCGCUGAACUCGAAGCCCAGGCUGCUGCUUACAAUAAAGACCGUCUAGACGACGAUGAGGAAAAAGAGCAAGCGACACGCACCAGGCGACUUGCCGUAGUCAAUCUUGACUGGGACCAUGUUCGCGCUGGGCACUUGUACAAAAUCUGCUCUUCGCUUGUUUCUUCCAGUGCUCCGCUCCUGCGCGCGUCCGAAAAUCAAUCGGAUCAGAAACGCCGUAAAAAUGAGAGCGGCCAGGUUAACGUCGUGCGGGGAAAGGUGCAAAACGUUCGCGUUUAUCCAAGUCAGUUUGGGAAAGAACGAAUGGCCAAGGAAGAAAAGGAGGGCCCCCCUCCGGAGAUAUUCAAGAAGAAAUACAACGACGAUGAGGAAGUGGACGAAAAGAACAUCUACGAUGUUGGUGGGGAGAAUGAUUACAAUGAGGACGCACUGAGGAAAUACCAACUCGAACGAAUGAGGUAUUAUUAUGCCAUUAUAACCUGCGAUACGGUCAACGCAGCGUCACAUAUUUACAAUGAGCUGGAAGGGACGGAAUUGGAGCGUUCCGCGAACGUCUUUGAUUUGAGUUUCGUCCCUGAUGAUAUGACUUUCGAAAGCGAGCCAAGAGAUGAAGCAACAGAGAAUUUGAACGCAAACAACAAAGGCAUAGACUUUGUUACCGAAGCUUUGCGACACUCGAAAGUCAAGUUGACUUGGGAUGAAGACGACGCCGAGAGAAACCAAAUCACUCGACGUACUCUGACUCGUAAAGAGAUCGAUGAAGCGGACUUCAAGGCAUACCUCGCGAACACAUCGUCCGAGUCUGAGGACGAUAAGCCAGCACAAGCAAGUAACAGCCGCCAGAAGGAUAAGAAAACCUCACGCGACAAGUUACGCGCACUGCUGCUUCGAGGUAAUGACGAGGCUAUGCCAGAGGGUUGGGGGGAAGAUGGUGGCGCUGACGGAGACGUGGACAUGGAAGUCACGUUCACCCCUGGGUUGACUGAUAAGAAGGGCCAAGACGACGAGAAUACAUUGGAGAAAUACCAGCGAAAGAUCAGGGAAAAGAAGAAGAGGAGGAAGGAUGAGGAGAAAGAUGCCAGCAGCAAGAACGACGAGAACGUCGGAGAUGACUUCUUCGACGUUGAGAGCGAGGAUGUUGUGGAGGUCAAGUCGGACGCACAGUCAAGGACAGAUCGCCGGCAGAGGAAGGGAGUUGCAGUCCAUCACGAAAAAGGCGACGUUGAGAUCUCAAAUCGAGAGGUCACUGCGGAAGAGCUUGCACUCCUCGUUGCAUCUGAUAAUCCCAAUACUGAGCCUCGACAUUUCAACCUCAAGUCGGUCAUAAAAGCCGAGAAAAAGAAGGGAAGGAAAGGUAGGAAAGGGAAGAAGGAAGAUCAAGAAGAUCAAGAAAUCCAAGAGGACUUUGUGAUCAACGUCAAGGACGAUCGCUUCAAAGCACUCCACGAGGACCAUCAGUUUGCCAUUGACCCUAGUAAUCCACAAUUCAAAAAGACUAAAGGCAUGUCCGCUCUACUAGAAGAACGCCAGAAACGCCAGCGCGAACAACGUUCAAAACAAGAACCAGAAGAAGGGCCUGCGUCUAAAAGAGCAGAGGCCGCAGUAGUCGGGGACAAGAGCCUACAGAACCUCGUAGAGAGUGUAAAGCGGAAGAGUGCAAUUACAGAGGCGAGAAAGGGAAAGCGGAGGAAGCUUGAAGGGAACUCGUAG